AUGGGCAUCAAAGGCAAGUCAAUUGACCUCAUGUCGCAUGCCAUACUAACAAUAUUAGGCCUGCUGCCUGUGCUCAAGUCCAUCCAAAAGCAUUGCACCCUCAAAAAGUUCUCUGGGCAAACUAUUGGGGUUGACGCCUAUGGCUGGCUACAUCGAGGUGUGGUGGGCUGUGCGUUCGCCCUUGCUCUCGACAAGCCGACUACUAUCCACAUAGACUUCGUGUUGAGCCGAGUUCGGAUGCUUCUUGACUUCGGUGUCACUCCUUACCUGGUCUUUGACGGGGAUAAUCUGCCCAGCAAGGCGGCAACAAAUGCGGCAAGGCGCAAGAAAAGAGAGGAAAGCAGGGCAUUGGGGUUAGAUUUGCACAAGGCCGGGAAAACCACACAAGCGCAUCAAGAACUUCAGAAAGCCAUCGAUGUCACCCCUCUUAUGGCUCGACAAUUGAUCGAGGAACUGAAGAAGCUCAAUGUCCCAUAUAUCGUUGCGCCAUACGAAGCCGAUGCACAGUUGGUCUACCUGGAACACAAGGGUAUCAUUAAUGGGAUUCUGGCCGAGGACUCGGACAUGCUAGUUUUUGGUGCCCGACGGUUAUUGACGAAGCUGAAUCAAUACGGCGAGUUGCUUGAGAUCGAACGGUCGGACUUCCCCAUGUGCAAAGAUAUCUCGCUUGCAGGUUGGACAGACACGAUGUUCCGACGGAUGGCGAUCCUCAGCGGCUGCGACUAUUUGCCAAACAUUGGAAAACUGGGUUUAAAGACGGCCCACGGCCUGGUUCGCAAGUAUACCGACAUCGAGAAGAUCCUUCGGAUGGUCCAACUGGAAGGGAAGCUGAUUGUGCCGAGCGGCUACCUGGAGCAAUUCCGCCAGGCAGAAUUGACCUUUCUCCACCACCGCGUCUUCUGUCCGGUCGGACAAAAAAUGGUGUUUCUGAACGAACUUGAUCCCGGAAUGACUGAGUCGGAUAUGCCAUAUCUGGGCCCUCACGUGGAGGCUACCACAGCACUUGGUGUCGCCUGCGGAGACCUCGACCCAUUCUCGAAGAAACCUCUGAAGCUUAGCGGCAAACCCUUGGUUCGCCCCGCGCUUGGAGAGCGCAGGAGCCAGAGCUAUGCGUCCGCACCCGAGCUGAAGCCGAAGAAAUCGAUCGAGACAUUUUUCAAGCCUCACCGACAACCGCUUGCUGAGUUAGAUCCCAACAGCCUGACCCCUUCUCCGUCACAGCAGCGACUACUGCAACGGAACCGGAAUGCGUCUUGGGAACCAAGACUGGUUUCUUCUGCUCCUGCUUUGAGGCAAAGUGCCACAACACCAGCACCGCUUACUAGUGCAACAGACCGCACAGCCUUCCUGGCAAGAGCUUCGACAAUGUCAACCUUUCAGUCAGUCAAGAGACAACGACUGUGCUCAGACACAAUGGACCCAUCCACAACACCAGAUGUGAAACAAAGUCCAUUUUUCGCCGCCAAGGGCGAAGAGGCCAGUCCCUUGGCCUCGAAGAUUCGCAAGAACAAGAGAAAUGCCAAGUCUAAAUUUGACGUCUUUUCCGACCAUUGUGUUGGAGAAUUGGUUGAGCCUCAAGUCCAGCAAGCGGCAAGUCCAGCCAAAGGCGACACGGCGACCGUCUUGGUGCAACCGGACGUGCGCUGUUCAUCUCCAGACCCAGAAUCACAGGAGUCCGUACCACAGUCUUCGCCUACAGCUGCAUCUCCAAAGCAGCCUUCGAGAUCAGACACGGUUCGGAGAGACGGCACUGCGGCUGUAAGGGAGAUCAAGGAGAUCAACAAAGAUGAUGAUCCCGAUGCCUUUGAGGAUUUACUCGAAUACCACAUCCAGAAGCAAAAUGAGUCAUUGAUGAAGACCUUUGCGUUUCAACCCCGAGAAGGCUGGAAUACUCUCGCAAGGCCGCUGUUCUCUGCGAAAUCGAGGAAGCAGUCGCCUUGUUUUCCACCAGAGAGCCAGGUGGCUAUAACUAGCGAGCCUCCGAGUGCCAAAGAGAUCCAGUCGCGUCGGGAAGCGGAUCUACCAAAGACCUUUGGAUAUCAACCAAUCGAGGUGCAGCAGUCAGCCAUGAGGUCGCUGAACAAGCAAGGUUCCUGUGGAGCAUCAUCUUCGGCUGUGGUCAAGCGGGAUGAUACAUCUACGGAAGGGAGGAAUGAAUGUGUUCUCACAGCUGUUUGGCGACAUGAGGGCCGCGGUAGUGAGGACGCAAUAAUACCAAACAGCGAAGAUGAAAAGUCGGAGAUGGGCUCACCGGCACAGAAGCCCAAGUUUGAUCUCAGUUCAUUUGCAUUUGUACCGGCAUGA